UUACGUGUGUACUGCGAAACGUUACAUGACGUCACAAAGCAGGCCGUACUCCUGGAAUAAAUUUGGACGUCCAUCUUGAAUAUAGCGACUAAAUAUAACGUUUUGUACAUAUAAACGUCAAAGGAUAAUGUCUUGAACCAUACGAACAAAAAACGUCUUCAGAAAGGGCUAGGAAAUAUCUAUAACUGUUUCAAUGAGGAUGAGGGAAGUCUUAAAGCCAUUACCCGAUGACAAUAUUCUGACUGUGACAUGCGGAAACCUUGUUGGAAACCUGCACAGGGAUAGGUUCUUCUGUCCAGGUAUUCAUCGAGAAUGCAUCGAGAUCAAUGGCAUGUUUGUCACCCCCAAGCGUUUCUCAGUUAUGGGAGAAAAGGCAAGACUAAAAGACUGGAAGAAUGCCGUGCGACUCAAUGGUUUUCAGUUGAGGAAAUACAUCGAUUCUGGUAUCCUGAAGUUCAGUAACCACGAGAGCAUGUGUACAGGACGUUGUAUUGCCAGGGCACCCGGGGCUAGGUCAGGACCAGCAGCCGACAGCCUAUUGCCACCGGAGACCAAGUCCGGUCUAAAUAGGCCACUGGGAAUGUUCACGACACUAUCAGCAAAUAAUAUAAUGAAGAUAGAAAAGGUCCAGACAGAUGACCAGUGGUCAAAUGGGGAUAUUGAGGAAGAUGUGAAACCUGAUGUUAAUCAGCUUCAGCUUCAGAUGCUUCAGGCCCAGAAUAUGUCGGUCAACAAGACCAACUCAUAUGUGCGGUCAAGUCCCACCUCCCGGGGAGCCAAGAAUAUAAUACCACACAUUUAUCCCACCCACAUUACCCCGGCAGUCCCCAUGGUGCCACCAGACGAGGGAGGCGAAGAUAUCACGGAGGAGGAUUGUGAAGACCGUCUCCUUUGGAAAGGGAUCGUGGAGCUCGGUCUUGUUGAUGAAUUCUUCAGGGAAAUCAAGGCAUCUCUAGAUGUGCUGAAGAAUGGAAUGAUCAAACGUCAGGUGCCUCUAUCAGAUUCCAGGAAAAUCUCUGUGAUUGUAAAGCAGCUAGGCUUAAUGCAGAAACUGAAGUACAAGCUGGAAGCCCACCAAACAGACAUGGAGCGACAGAGACAGAAACUUGACCGCGAGAUGGAAGAAUUGCAGAGGAAGGUACGUGAAUUUGAAGCAAAGAAAGCCCUACUGAAGAGGAAGUCUGAGUGCUUUGAGCAGCUACUGGAUAUUACAGCUCCAAAAACCGAGCCAGUUUGGGGAGAAGGAUCCACUUCUCCAUCUGGGUAUGGAUCUCCAUCAGGAUAUGGAUCGCCGUCUGGGUACAAACGUUUAAACUUGAAUCAAACUGAAAGUGAAGCCGGGAAACUUACUGUUGUGUUUCCACAGCAGAUGUCCUCUUUGCACAACACAGAUAUCCCAGAAAACUCUAUCUCCGCAGAGGAAUCCAUUCCUGAUGAUGGGGCUCAUUAUUUAAUCAACAUGUCUAAUGAGCCUGCUUCAUCAACUAAUAGUUAUCCAGAAGAUCUGUCCAAGUCUGCCUCACAGAUAACUGGUCAUAAAACAUCCACGGAUUACAUCAUUACUGAAGCAGAGGACCUGUCCAAGUCGGCGCCGGAUAUCAACGGGGAGACAACAGAGGAACUAGAUAUGAAUGGAGAAAAGGAGAAGACAAAUUACACAGUGUUGAAAGAUCAUUCUACUGAAUUACAAGGAGAGGGAGAUACUACAGGUAUUAAGAUAAAGGUACGCAGGGGUCGCAAACGCAAACCGAGGGAGAUCCCAAGGGCUGAUCCUUCUGAAGAAUAUGUAAUUCAGAUGGAACAGGCUAUGGAUGAGGAAGGAGAUUCAGCUCUGAAUUAUGCAACGGGAACAAACAAUUCUCUAUGUGACUAUGCAAAUGUUGGUGAGGAAAACAUCUAUACAAAUAGAGACAAAUCUGUAGACACUGAAAAAUUGGUUAACAAUGAAGGUAAUUCAGGGUCACAAGAAGAUGACACAACUGCUCAUCAGCCGAUGGAGGAACGGGAAAUCUCAGAGUCCAAGGAGGAGGAUGUGACAAAUGGUACCAGUGUCAAUCAAGAUGUUGAAACCAUCGAACAAAGUCCGUGCAAAAUCAGUUUGGAUUUCACCAGUUCCAAGGUCAAUCGUAGGGGAAGAAAAAGGAAAUCCAGGGACUUACUGCAAGAGGAAUCUGUGAGCCCAUCUGCUUCACUACCACUAUAGAUUCCUUUACAGUAAAACUUGUGUGAUCUGACCUCCUAUAUUGGCCUCAACAUUUUGGUGAAGUAUCACUGGUGUUAUUUCACAAUUGGAAAAAAACAACAGUUUUAUGGUUGAGCAGACAAGAUGUUUGGAAACUCAAGUGUCAGAUUAAGCAAGUUUUAUUGAAUUUUGACAAUGUAUUGGCUUUCAUAUAAUUUUAUAACUGUCCUUGGGCCUUUUUUAUUUGCACGAUGUAGAAGUAGCUGUUUGAUUAUAAGGGUUGCAUUGGCAAAUUGGAUGUUUCCUAAAUACCUGCACAGCAUCAUUAAUUUUCAGUCUGUAUAAUGAAGAAAAAUGUCAGUCGGAUAGAAAAAAGCUUGCUUUUAAUGUCUGAGACAGUUUAGAAAAACUGGGAUGACUUUGUUUUUAAAAUGCAAAAUUUUAUUUAAAUUCAACUUGACAAAUGAAAUUUCAGGAAGUGUUCUUUGUUCAUUAAUGUUGACAAAUUCAAUCAUGCAGUUGUGAUCAUAUAUGCUAAAACUGAAAGACACAGUGAAAUAAAUUAGAAUUGGUUCCAUUUUUCUAAUUUAUCAAAUAUAUCUAUAUACUGUGUGUAUUUAUUUACGUCGUGAUUUAUAUAGCAUGUAUUUUGAGAAACUAAUUGCCUAAAGCUAAGGUGUUUAUAUGGCAAAUUAUCAAAUUGGAUAAAAAAUUGAAAGAAAUUUAAGGCCCGAUAUUUUAUGAAUGCAUGUGUUGUAGGUCAUUUUCCAUAAAGAUUAAUUUUCACUUGUUUUGGCACAGGUGAUAUUUUAUCAUUAUAUGAUAUAUGGGAAAGACAACCUGAUCAAGGGUUUUGAAAAAAUAUCAACCAGAAAUGUACUUUAAUCCCAUUAAAACUGUAGUUUCUUUUAUCCAAAUAUUUAUUAGGGCUGCUAUGCAGCGUUAUAUUACCAUCAGGAUUUCCUUGUUAAAAUGAAAUUUGCCCAAUAUCACCCAUCGUAAUGCAGUGAAGCACAAUACAUGUAUAUUGAACUUUGAAUAAAGUUACGAAUUUGAGACAUAAAUAAAUGUCGUACUUAGUACUAGUGUUACAUAGAGAAAAAAAAAUUGUGUACAGGUAAUUGAAUGUGAGAAUCUCAAAUUUGAUUUUUUAUUAUUUUUUUAUUUUUACUUUUUCUUCAUUUUUUGCAACUUGUUAAACCUUAUCAUAUGAAAAUAUGCAUAGAGCAUACCAUGUAGGCAUUGCAUAAAACAGACAUUAUUACCCCAUCCAGAGUGUCCCCAUUUCUUCAAAAUAAUUCACUAGUCUAUUGAACUUUAUUUUCAGAUAUUGAUAUUUAUAUCUGUGACAGCAGGAACAAUCAGUUUUAAAGUCUAGUUUCUAGAAACUCCUUAGAGCCUUUUGUUUACAAACUGUGUUUAACUAUUUGUCAAUUGAAAUCCAGCUUCAGAAUCGUGAAAUCCAUGACUGUAUCUGUAUUGACAGUUUUCCAUAUUAAGUGAUUCUGUUUUUAGUAACAUGAUUGUAGAUAAAGAAUGAUUUUAUCAUAAUUGUAGAUUGAAGGGUAAUUAUAAGGCCAUUAGAAGAAAUGAUGUGCUGAUCAUGAAAGCCAGGCACCAUUUUACCAGAUAAUAGAGGGUAGUGAAAGAUAAGUUUUUAUUACAUUUUCACCAGUAAAAUAUCGAAAAUUAUUCUUUCUAUAAAAGUGAUGUUUUCACUAGUGAAUAGUGAAAAAUAUCACUUUUAUUGAUUUGACCAAUCAGAACACUGCUUAAAAACGAAAAUGGGGAAAAUUAGGAUUUGCAUAUAUAGCUCUCUGCAUGUUAUAUGACGUCAUAAUGCAGGAUAGAAUAUAUAUAUAUAUACAGACGUCACGAUUUGGCGUACAUUUGUGAGUCGUUGAAAGGGGACUGCAAUGCGUUCUGGGAGAGACCGAGCUGCAACUGUAUAUUUCGCUAUAAAUGUAAUAAACAGAAUGUUUUACAGUAUUCUCAGUAAUACCAAAUAUAUUUCACGAGUGUGGUUAAUAUUGACAUAUUUUUUCAACCGUGCUAGGCACUCGUGAUAAAUAUAAGAAUAUUAGCCACACUCGUGAAAUAUAUCCUUCAAACAAUUCUGUAAUUUGACAUUAGUGUAGUAAAAAGUAGGUUUUAUCAGAAACAGAAUACAUUAUAUAUAGUCCAUGGAGACGUUAUCAUUGAAUAUCCAAACACGUGUCAGUAUACUGUACAGUAUAUGCAUGCUUCAGUUUUACUAUAAGAUUAAAAAAAAUGCAUUCAUGGUAGCACAGCUAUCCCUAAUAAGAAGGCUAUCUUUUAUAUUUCAUUUAUUUGGAACAUCAUUCCACGAAAGAUCACAUGAUUUAACAUUUUUUUUUUUUUUACAACUUAAUAUGUUGAUCUCCUGUUCUGAUGACAUCAUUCUGUGUAUAUUUCUUAGGCUAGAACAGAAUCAUUAUAUACCUCAGUAUAUUUGACCAAAUCACUCAAAUCUUCUUCAGCUGAUCAGUGAGUGAUCCUAUAAAUGAACAAGGCCAAGUGAUUUUCCCAAACUAUGGACUUCCAAAAUUAACCAUGUAAUUAAUUGUUAAAGUACCUGCAGGUUGAACAAACAUGUUGCUUGCUCUGUAUUUGGUGUGUUUGUUGAACGCUUUGAAUCCCUGUGUUUUGAUUUUGAUUUCAGUGCAAGCUUCAGGAAGCUUAUCAGUAUAUAUAUAGAUUUGUAUUUUUGCAUAAAAUUGUUGCUAGUAGUAUCGGUGUUGUUUUGCGAUGAAAUUAUCUUUAAAGAAAAAAAUCAUGCACUAUUUUGUGACGCAUACGUAUAUAUAUUAUGAUUACAAUAUGUAUUGAUGGUUUUUGAAAUACUGAGUGCUCAAUAAAUGUUAAAGAAAGAAUUAAAACACCUUUUAUUAAAAUUAUCCUCUACUUUCCAGAAAGGUAAUUAUAUGAAAUAUACAUCCAUGUAAUAUAUACUGACAUUGUUAUAAGUGUCAUCUCGAUUCAAACAAUUUGUAAAUCAUUUUAAUAGGUGUCAAUGCUGUAUCGUGUACUUUAUUGUUGUCUAUUUUGGAAGUCAUUUUGAGGAGGAAUGUGUUAUAAAAGAAAGGUUUUACAAUUACCUGCAUAAUUACCACUGGCCAUGGGAACCAGCCCCAAACAAAACUUCCAAGGCCUGCUUUGGCUGAAAUAUUUUUGGGGGCAUGAUUUAAAAAAAAAAAAGAUGUAUUUGAAACUGAUUGAAACUAGGUCAAUAUUUAUCAAGCAAUAAUUUAUUUAUUAUAAUCUGAAUUUUUUGCUUUAACUUUGUGAGAAUAUUUUCUAUUUAUCAAAUAUUCUAUAUAUUUUUGCGUGAAUAAUAUAUGAGUGUAUCAGGAUGCCAUUUAUUUGUGGGUAAAUUUUUUUGUACUUGUGAACUGCCUGCUCAUCUUGAUAGGGUUUAUUCAUGUAUCAUACUGUCAGUCCUAUUAUAAAUUAGACACAAUAAAUUCCUAUUGUAAUUAGUGUUGGACAACAUAUACAACCUGUUCAAUGACUACACCAAUCCCUGAAGUCUAAAACAAAUAUCUCUACUGAGGUACACCAAUCUGUGUAUGACUUAAUUGUUUGACUCAUUCUCAUCGAAUGAAUAACUUAGAAUUAUUAUAUAUAAAGACCCGUACUUGCUGGACAUAGUGUUUAAUGGUCCGUCCAUCAAAUGAUAUAUUGUCCAGAUAGAUAAAUCAGUUUUUAUUCGAUUGAUGUUAGAUCAGGGCCCAGUGGUUCAAAACUAUUGUUAAGCUUAUGACAUUGUUAAACCAUGGUUAGCGAGUCAUUAAAAUUUAAUUACGAAAAAAUUUAAAUGACUCGCUAAUUAAUCGCUACAUUUAAUCACUCAUCGGCCACGGUUAAGUAUUUAACGAGUCAUCAAAUAUGGCCGCCAUGGUUGAUAAAUAAAACAGGUAAUCAAUGACAAGAAGCAUAUAUAUAUAUGCUUAUAAGAAGACCGACAAUAGCUAUUGCUGUUAACUACAAGAUAGAGUUGGAUGUCUGUUUAUAAAGUUAUUGCCCUUUGUACAUGUAUAUUUGGAUCCAUUCAGAACUCCACAAAUAUAACUUACCACCUAUCACCUUGGACAUGAUGCAUCAGCUUUCAUUUUGUAACCAGGGGAACAAAUCUGCCUACAUAACUGGCAGGUUCUAGAAGAACAUUAUUUCAGCAAUAUAUCAAUCAUAAAUUAGAACAGCUAGCCAUUUAGAUAAAGGAUCUAGGUUCAUAAACUACAACACCAACUGUGUUUUUCCUUCCUUUUGGGAGUAAGUGGUUAUCUGAUAUUUUGUACAUAGUAUAUGUGUGAAGCACAUCCAAUAUGUCCUGCUUGAGUUGGAGUAUAACUGGAGUUAUUUGCCCUUUGCAUACUCUGUACAUUUCAAAUUUAAUGCCAUUUUCUAACAUUUCUCAAUCAUUGUAAACUGUUGGUUUCAACUGGAAAAUGAGGGAAUGUCAACGUUUAUAUGUACAAACUUGAAGUUAGCUGGUCUUUUCAUCAAUUUUUAUACAGAAUUAUUUGCACGAUUAACAAUUAACUGAUGUAUAUGAAACAAGUUGAAACAUUCCCCCAUAUGUAUUACUAGAAAUGCUUUUACUGCUUGUAAUUAUUAACAUAAUGUUUCACUGUACUGUUUAUACUCGGACAGCUUGUUGUUGAUCUUGUUUACAUUAGGAGAAAAGGUCUAUCAGUCCUGUAUUAACAGUGUUUGUAGUAUACCUUGUGUCUGUACAAUACACUUGUUGAUCUUGUUUACAUUAGGAGAAAAGGUCUAUCAGUCCUGUAUUAACAGUGUUUGUAGUAUACCUUGUGUCUGUACAAUACACUUGUUGAUCUUGUUUACAUUGGGAGAAAAGGUCUAUCAGUCCUGUAUUAACAGUGUUUGUAGUAUACCUUGUGUCUGUACAAUACACUUGUUGAUCUUGUUUACAUUAGGAGAAAAGGUCUAUCAGUCCUGUAUUAACAGUGUUUGUAGUAUACCUUGUGUCUGUACAAUACACUUGUUGAUCUUGUUUACAUUAGGAGAAAAGGUCUAUCAGUCCUGUAUUAACAGUGUUUGUAGUAUACCUUGUGUCUGUACAAUACACAUGGUAAAGGUUUAUAUGUAUACGUAGUAGUUUUUUUGUUUCCUUUUUGUCUCGCCUGUGACAAAUACUUGUGAAAGUCAGAUGUUUUUACAUGUAGAUCCUUGAUCAAAAAGAACAAGUCCAACUUUAAGCAAACUUAGUAUAUGCCUAGAUUAUGAUCCAUUGACACUGGAAAUCUGGGAUGCUAAGAAACUGGAAACUGGACUUUUGCAUUUAAUAGUAACUUCAGGUUUUGAAAAAAAGAUGAUGCGAGAUCUUAAUUAGCUAAUCAGAUGGUGAACUAUUCAAACCGCCUUAUGUCUGUCAAUCAUUGUUAUUACUAUUUCUUGAGAAGUACCAGAAGGAUAUUUCUCAUAAUUUCACAUGUAGGUUCCCCUUGGCCCCUAUGUAUAGUUGUGCCCAUUCAGUUCCGAGACUGAUCGGGAUAACAAAACAAAAGGCUCAGAAAAAGAAUUUUGUUAUCACUACUCCUUCAGAAGAACUGGAAAGAUAUUUCUGAAACUUGAUGUGUAGGUUCCCUAAUUGGACCCUAGCAGUACCCUUUCAGUUAUUAGUCUGAAAACAAAAUGGCCGACUGCAGCUAUCUUGGAAUUGACAGUUAAAGUUUGUUAUCUCUUUUUUCUUCAGAAGUGAAGGAAAGAUGUGUCACAAACUUGAUGUGUAGGAGGUUUCUCUUGUUCCCUAGCUGUGUCUGAAAUUUUAAGACUAAAAAAUGGCUGAUCGGCAGCCAUCUUGGAUUUUGACAGUUGAAAUUUGUUAUCCACAAUUUCUUCAGAAUUACUUUAAGGAUAUUUCUCAAACCUGACAUAUAUGCCCCCCUCCCCCUGAUCCCAAGUACUAGUUGUGCCUAUUCAAUUUGAAGUCUGAUUAGGAAAUAAAAAUAUAAGCAGUCAUCUUGGAUUUAGCCGGGUGAAGUUUGUUAUUACUUUUUCUUUUACUGAGGUACUGGAAGGAUUGCAUUCAAAACUGAUACAUAGGUUGGCAAUAAUAAAUUUGAUUUAGAGUAUUUUUGCCAGAAACAAAUAUGAGAUGGCAGUAUAACUACAGUAUGACAUAUAGAAUUGUAGAUCCGUAGUGUGAUUUUCCUUUUACAUGAAUGUUUAUAAUAUUGUAUUAAUGAUGAAAUCCGGUAUACAUUGAUGUUUAAUAUGCUUUUGGUAUAAAACAAUAAAAACCUUGUUUUGAA